CAGCCAGCAGCCUUGUGUGCGCUGUGGCAGGCAGCGGAACGGAACUGACUGAAAUCGUAACGUAGCUCAGAGAGAGAGGGGAACCACAGCACAGGCGAACGGUUUGAGACUAAACAAGACGAGAGACACCGUCCUCUCUCCGGGCCAAGGAUGCGGGAAUAACGGCAUAUUGGAACCGUUUGGAUGCUCUGGAUUUAUUCUGUCUCGUCGCACAGCCCCACAUCUGCCUCGAGAUGUCGAAGAUAGAAAGUAAGCAAGAUUCCCAGCGUUCUCAUCUCUCCUCCUUCACCAUGAAGUUGGAUAAGUUUAAGGAUAAGUUUCACUCCCCGAAGAUCAAACGAACUCCGUCCAAGAAGACCGCCAAGCCGCCCGCCGAGAACACCCCCAAGACGCCAGAGAAACACGUCAACAAGAACCUGAGUCGUCUGGAGGAGCAUGAGAAGGAGGUGGUCAGCGCUCUCCGUUACUUCAAGACCAUCAUCGACAAGAUGGCCGUCGACAAGAAGGUUCUGGAAAUGCUGCCCGGUUCCGCCAGCAAGGUUCUAGAAGCCGUACUGCCCUUAGUUAUGGUGGACCCUCGCAUACAGCACAGUUCGGCGGUGUCGUCGUGUCUAAACCGCGUGUACCAGUCGCUAGGUAACCUGAUCAGGUGGUCGGACCAGGUGAUGCUGGGAGACGAUGACAUCAACCUUGACGACAAGGACACCAUCGUCUCCGUGACGACCGUCAUCAGGGCCGUACUGGACGGGGUCAAGGAGCUGGUGAAGUUGACGAUCGAGAAGCAGGAGCACCCCUCCCCCACCUCCCCCGUCAAGCCCCUCCCCCCAGCGGCCACACAGGAGAGCUCGUCGGAGGCGGGCGGGGAGGAGGUGGAGAAGGAGAAGAAGGAGAAGGAUAAGGAGGCGCAGCAGCAGCAGGAGGAGGUGGAGGAAGGAGAGGGCGAGGCCACGGCUACAGAGGGGGGAGGAGGAGGAGGAGGGGGACUCAAUGACUCCACUGAGGAGGAGGUGGCACCUCCUAAACCCCCCCUACCGGGACUCAAGGUCCCCGAACACUGUCCUCCAGCGUUGCCUCCUAAGAAGCGCCAGUCUGCUCCCUCCCCCACCAGAGUGGCUGUAGUGGCCCCCAUGAGCAGGGCAACCAGCGGGUCAAGCAUACCCAUCGGCAUCAGCAAACAGGUGGCCCCCAUGAGCAGAGCCACCAGCGGAUCCAGCAUACCCAUCGGCAUCAGCAAACAGGACUAUGAGGCGGAGGCCCUCCACCGGCGUUUCUCCGGCGGUUCCCACUCGUAUGGGGGGGAGUCUCCUCGCCUCUCCCCCUGCAGCAGCAUGGGCAAACUCAGCCGCUCCGACGAGCAGCUCUCCUCCAUAGAACAGGACAGCGGACAGUGCUCACGCAACACCAGCUGCGAAACACUAGACAUAACGGAGGGCUAUGACCCGGACUAUGACUUCCUCCACCAGGACCUGUCCAGUGUGGACCAGAUCGCCCCCCUCUCCUCCAUGGGGGGUUGCCUCAGCCCCCUCCCCGAAUCCCACCGCGAGUCCUCCUCCUCCUGCCCCCCCCUCUACCAGCAGCACCACGCGCCCCCGCCUCACCCACACACACCGCCUCUCUCCACGGGCUCCCCGUACACACACACGCCGCCGCACCUCAACACACACGGCCUGCAGCACCCUCCCCCGCUGGUCUCGCGGGUCAGCGCGCCCCCCGCCCUCCCCGAAAAGAAGCGCAAGAGCGGUGCCCUGCCCCUGUAUGGGGGGACGGGGUCUCUAGACGGCCUGGUGGGGUCCCCCCGCGCACCCAUCGAGAGGCUCCCCUCGCAAUACGACAACAUCACCGAGGAGGAACUGCAGGCUCAGGCUCAGCUGGGUCCCCCGGUGCCCCCCUGCCCCCUCUACUCCCAGAUAAGCCCCGCCCCUCAGCCCCCCCUCUACGCGGCGACUGGACAUCACUUCAGUCCCAUCCACGCCCACGACGCCCUGGAUGUCCCUCAGAGCCCACCGCCCCUACCCGAAAAGAAGAGCCGGCACAUCCUGAAGUACAUGCAGUUCGUUGAGGACUACAGUGAGCCGCAGCCCAGUGUGUUCUACCAGACUCCUCAGAGCGAGAGCAUCUAUGAGCAGCGCAACAGGCGCUUCCAGGAGGUCUACGGCUUCAACGACUCCUUCAGCAGCACCGACUCCGUACACGAACCGCUACCGCCCCCCGCGCUACCGCCAAAGCAGAGGCAACUGGCUUCUCUAUCCGCCUCUCCUUCCUCCUCCUCCUCUUCGUCUUUGUCUAGCCAGCUGCCGGCGCCGCCCUUUUCUUCCACGCCACUAGAGGGCGAUAGCAGCUCUACAGCCGCUCACCUCAGCCUCUCCUGCUCUAACGCCUCUCUCACCACACACACGGUGAGUUGCACAUCUGAACCCUUCCUCUUUCCCCUGCCGCCCGUCCACCAAUCACAGAGCUUGGACUUGGUAGCCCCGCCCACGCCCAGCCAAGACGGGCUGCUAUUGGCUAACGGCUCUCUGGAGGGCUCUGGUGGUUCGCUGGCUGCCUGCCUGGCCUCUGACACCUCCCUGUCGGACACGCCCAGACAGCCCGCCCCGGAGGAGGGGGGAGAGGGCGAGUACGUCAAUCUGUACUCGUCUACACAGGCCAAUGGAGAUGCCACACACUCCCACCGCGACCCAGCCACCGGUGCGGAAGACGGAACAGACACCACGUCAGAUAAAGACAUGGCCGACCCCGAGAGGUGGCAGAAGUCUCCUGAUUCGGGUCAGAACACGGAGGAAGUGGACGAGCUGUCACUCAUAGACCACGAAGAAAUCAUGUCACGCAUCACGCUGAAACAAGAGAAUGAUGAUGGUCCUGAUGUGAGGGCGGGGUCAGGUGACAUCUUACUGGUCCACGCCACAGAGACCGACCGCAAAGACUUGGUGCUGUACUGUGAGGCGUUCCUGACUACGUAUCGCACCUUCAUCAGCCCUGAGGACCUCAUCAAGAAACUACACUACAGGUACACCCGCUUCUCCCACAGCCCAGACACCUUCAAGAAGCGCGUCAGCAAAAACACCUUCUUCGUACUGGUACGAGUAGUGGACGAGCUGUGUCUUGUGGAGUUGACGGAGGAUAUUCUUCGUCAGCUGAUGGACCUGGUCUUCAGGUUGGUGUGUAGCGGAGAGCUGAGUUUGGCCCGAGUGCUGCGCAAGAACAUUCUGGAUAAAGUGCAGCAGAAACGCAUGAUGAGAUACACCAUCUCACUACAGCCCCUAGCGGCACGGGGGGUAGCAGCCAGGCCGGGUACGCUGCAUGAUUUCCGGAGUCAUGAGAUCGCCGACCAGCUCACACUACUGGAUGCAGAACUCUUCUACAAGAUAGAGAUUCCGGAGGUGCUGCUUUGGGCUAAGGAGCAGAAUGAGGAGAAGAGUCCAAACCUCACACAGUUCACCGAGCACUUUAACAACAUGAGCUACUGGGUGCGCUCCAUAAUCAUGCUCCAGGAGAAGGCUCAAGACCGGGAGAAACUCCUCCUCAAAUUCAUCAAAAUCAUGAAGCACUUACGGAAGCUGAAUAACUUCAACUCGUACCUGGCCAUCUUGUCAGCCCUUGACUCCGCCCCCAUACGCAGACUGGAAUGGCAGAAGACGACCUCCGAGGGUCUGGAGGAGUACUGCACUUUAAUAGACAGCUCGUCUUCAUUCCGGGCCUAUAGAGCAGCACUGGCUGAAGUGGAGCCACCCUGCAUACCCUACCUUGGUCUGAUUCUUCAGGAUUUGACCUUCGUCCACCUGGGUAACCCCGACCUGAUCGAGGGCAAGGUCAACUUCUCCAAGCGCUGGCAGCAGUUCAACAUCCUCGACAGCAUGAGGCGCUUUCAACAAGUGCAUUACGAUCUGAAGCAUAACGAGGAGAUUGUGUCGUUCUUUAACGACUUCAGUGAUCACCUGGCAGAGGAGGCGCUAUGGGAACUGUCACUCAAGAUCAAACCCAGAAAUAUAGUACGCCGCAAGACAGACCGAGAGGACAAGAGCUGAACACACACACACACACACACACACACACACACACACACACACACACACACACACACACACACACACACACACACACACACACACACACCGAAAUAUAGUACGCCGCAAGACAGACCGAGAGGACAAGAGCUGAACACACACACACACACACACACACACACACACACACACACACACA